UCGGACGAGGCAUGGAUGGACGGCUUGGUGGAGGAGGUCAAUGGGGACGAUCUAGUCGUAAACUGCACCUCCGGAAAGAAGGUCACCGUCAAUGUCUCGAGCGCCUAUCCAAAGGACACGGAAUCCCCUCGUGGUGGCGUCGAGGAUAUGACCAGGCUGGCCUACUUACACGAACCAGGAGUGCUCCAGAACCUCAAGUCCAGAUUCAUGCUCAAUGAAAUAUACACUUAUACUGGGAAUAUUUUAAUAGCUGUAAAUCCAUUCCAAAGACUACCUCACCUCUAUAACAACGAUAUGAUGCGGAUAUAUAAAGGAGCAGAAUUUGGAGAGCUGAGUCCCCAUCCAUAUGCUAUCACUGACCGUGCAUACAGACUUAUGAUGAAUGAUCGUAUCAGCCAAGCAAUAUUAGUUAGUGGAGAGAGUGGAGCUGGUAAGACAGAAAGCACUAAAAGUCUUAUGCAGUAUCUUGCUUUUAUGGGUGGUAAACCGAAAGCUGAAGGAAGGUCUGUGCAAGAACAAAUCCUAGAGUCCAACCCUGUGCUUGAGGCAUUUGGCAAUGCAAAAACAGUCAGGAAUAAUAAUUCAAGUCGUUUUGGAAAAUUUGUUGAGAUCCAGUUUGAUCAGAACGGGAAGAUUUCAGGAGCUGCCAUAAGGACUUAUCUUCUGGAAAGAUCACGUGUUUGUCAAAUAUCUGAUCCGGAAAGGAACUAUCACUGUUUUUACAUGUUGUGUGCUGCACCACCAGAAGUACGGGAGAAAUACAAAUUGGGAGAGGCUAAAUCAUUUCACUAUCUCAACCAGUCUAAUUGCAUUGAACUUAAUGGGAUGGAUGACGCUAAAGAAUAUGUGGAAACCAGAAGAGCUAUGAGUAUUGUAGGUAUUAACUCUGAUGAACAGGAUGCCAUAUUCAAAGUUGUAGCCGCUAUUCUUCAUUUAGGAAAUGUAGAAUUUGGAGAAGGAAAGGAAGAAGAUUCUUCUGCACCCAAGGAUGAGAAAUCUCAGUUCCAUCUUAAGACAGCAGCUGAGCUUUUCAUGUGCGAUCCACAGGGUCUUGAGGAAUCUUUGUGUAAGCGUGUCAUGGCAACGCGUGGAGAGAGCAUCACAAAAAAUUUAGAUCCACGAGCUGCAGCUCUUAGUAGAGAUGCAUUGUCUAGGAUUGUUUACUCACGUUUGUUUGAUUGGCUUGUAAAUACAAUCAAUAAUAUAAUUGGUCAAGAUCCAGAAUCAAAGAUUUUGAUUGGUGUGCUGGACAUAUAUGGUUUUGAAAGUUUCAAGACAAACAGCUUUGAGCAAUUCUGUAUCAAUCUAACUAAUGAGAAGCUCCAACAACAUUUUAAUCAGCAUGUUUUUAAGAUGGAACAAGAAGAAUAUACGAAGGAAGAAAUUGAUUGGAGUUACAUCCAGUUUGUUGACAAUCAAGAAAUUCUUGAUCUCAUCGAGAAGAAACCAGGGGGAAUAAUUGCUCUGUUGGAUGAGACAUGCAUGUUACGGAAUUCAACCCACGAAACAUUUGCUGAGAAGCUAUAUCAAAAGUUCAAGGACAACCAGCACUUCAGCAAACCCAAAUUUUCAAGAUCUGAUUUCACUGUUCAUCAUUAUGCUGGAAAUGUCACCUAUCAGACAGAUCUUUUCUUAGAUAAAAACAUAGAUUACGCUGUAAAUGAACAUCAAGUGUUAUUAAAUGCUUCAAAAUGUCCAUUUGUUUCAAGUCUUUUUCCACCUGUUGAAGAAUCAGCGAAGUCCACAAAGUUUACUUCAAUAGGCUCAAGUUUCAAGCAACAACUACAAUCUCUAUUAGAAACGCUGAGUGCAACCGAACCACACUACAUCCGCUGCAUAAAACCCAAUAAUGUUCUCAAGCCAGCAAUAUUUGAGAACAGUAAUGUUCUCCAGCAGCUUCGUUGUGGGGGAGUUUUAGAGGCAAUAAGGAUAAGCUGUCUAGGAUACCCCACUAGACGUACCUUCUAUGAAUUCGUCAAUCGAUUUGGGAUUCUGCAACCAAAAGUUCUGAGUAAAAGUCAUGAUGAAAUUACUGCUUCAAAGAUGCUUCUUGAGAAAGCCAAUCUUGUAGGCUAUCAGAUAGGGAAAACAAAAGUGUUUCUUCGAGCUGGUCAAAUGGCUGAGUUAGAUGCUCUAAGAACUGAGGUUUUGGGAAUCUCUGCCAAAAAAAUACAAACCAAAGUUCGGUCAUUUAUGUCUCGCAAAAAAUACGUCCAGCUGCGAAUAUGUGCUACACAACUCGAGGCAGUAUGCAGGGGAACACUUGCUAGAAAGUAUUACGAAAAUCUGCGAAGACAGGCAGCUGCUUUGAAAGUUCAAACCCGCUACCGUAUGCGCCAAGAAAGAAAUAAAUAUAGAGAUUUGUGGUCUGCAUCAACUACUAUCCAAUCAGGUCUACGUGGCAUGGCUGCUCGCAACAAACUCCGCUUCUUCCGAAAAACAAAAGCUGCAGUGAUUAUUCAGAGUCAAUGCCGCUGUCAUUUAGCGCGCUCACGGUAUGUGAGGUUAAUGAAGGCCACAAUCAAAACUCAGUGUGCUUGGAGAGGAAAAGUUGCCAGAAGAGAACUUCGACAACUCAAAAUGGCUGCAAAGGAAACUGGUGCUCUACAGGCUGCGAAGAGUAAAUUAGAGAAAGAAGUUGAGGAGCUUACUUGGCGGUUACAAUUGGAGAAACGCAUCAGGUCCGAUAUGGAAGAAGCAAAGACUCAAGAAAUAAAGAAGCUCCAGUUACAGUUGCAGGAAUCACAACAGCAAGUCAAGGACACAAAAGAAUCUUUGAAAAAGGAACAGGAAAUUGCCAAGGCAGCAUCAGAGAAAGCUGCUUUAGUGCCUGAGAUCCGUGUUGAUGCAACUCGAGUCAAUGAGCUCACUGCUGAUAAUGAGAAGCUCAAGUUACAGACACUGGUGACCUCUCUUGAGACAAAAAUUCAGGAAACAGAACAGAGGUUUGAAGAAACGGACAAACUCAGAGAAGAGUGGCUUAAAAAAGCUACGGAUGCAGAGUCACAGAUAAAUGAACUAAAGAGCACAAUGCAAAGCCUUCGAGAAAAGUUCACUAGUGUGGAAGCGGAAAAUAAUGCUCUCCGGCAACAGGCUUUGAAAGCAAGACAUGACAAUGUAGCUGUGCUUAACAUGCAUCGAAAAUCUAACUUGGCUAACGGCAGCCUACCUGGAGACGAACAGACACCCCAUGGCACACCUAUGGAAUUUGGAAGGAGAUCUUUGAUUGAGAGACAACAGGAGAGUGUGGAAACACUGAUAAACUGUGUCGUUGAAAACAUUGGAUUUAGUGAUGGAAAACCAGUCGCUGCAGUAACCAUAUACAAAUGCCUUCUUCAUUGGAGAACUUUUGAAGCUGAAAGAACAAAUGUUUUUGACCGGCUUAUACAAAUUUUUAGUUCAGCAAUGCAGAAACAAGACAGCAAUGCCGAUCUCGCGUACUGGUUGUCAAAUUCAUCUUCAUUGUUGAUUAUACUACAAAAGAGUCUGAAACCUGCUGGCUCAGGUAUAACAACACCACUGAAAAGGACAACGACUCAGACGUCUUUCCUCGGGAGGAUGGUAUUCCGUGCUUCAAGCAUUACUGUUGAUAUGGAUCUCGUGCGCCAAGUUGAGGGCAAGUAUCCCGCAUUUCUUUUUAAGCAGCAGCUUUCAGCUUUUGUGGAAGGCUUAUACGGAAUGAUCCGUGACAAUGUGAAGAGAGAAGUAUCUUCAGUACUCUCACUUGUUAUUCAGGCACCAAGAACUGCCAAGGCUGGUUUGAUAACAGAUCAAGAUAGCUAUUGGCAAGCGAUAGUCAAACAUUUGAAUGAUCUCUUGAAAACAUUGCAAGAAAAUUGUGUCCCAGCAAUAUUUGCUCGGAAAAUCUUUAUACAGAUUUUUGCAUUCAUCAACGCUCAACUCUUCAACAGCCUUCUUGUACGGCGGGAGUGCUGUUCUUUCAGCAACGGAGAAUAUGUGAAACAAGGACUGGAAGAACUGGAGGCGUGGUGCACACAAGCCAAGCCAGAGUACGCAGGAACUGCAUGGGAUGAGCUUAAGCACAUUAGCCAGGCUGUUGGUUUCCUGGUCAUUUUCAAAAAAUUCAGGAUAUCAUAUGAUGAAAUAAUCAGUGAUCUCUGCCCAAUGUUGAGUGUCCAGCAACUUUACAGGAUAUCCACACAGUAUUGGGAUGACAAAUAUAAUACUGAAAGUGUAUCCGAGGAGGUCCUUAAUGAAAUGAAAACACUGGUGAACGAAGCAUCUGGCCAGGCCAACUCAGGCAAUACCUAUUUACUAGAUGAAGAAACAAGCAUGCCGUUGUCGCUCGAGGAGAUAGCCAGUUCUAUGGAUGCCAAGGAAUUCCAGAACGUGGUUCCACCGCAGGAACUCCUUGAGAACGCGGCGUUCCAGUUCUUGAAGAGCUGAAGAGUUCCGCGUGAGAGCAGAAGACGUGCAGUAGCCUCCUGAGGAUAGGAUGUUUGUAAAUUGUCAGUAAUAUAGGUGUUUUCGUUCUUUCCACUCCCCCAGCUGGGGCUUGUAGAUUAUUCGAUUUUCA